AUGAUGCUGACAGCAGUCAGGCGCAUCGAGUUUUCCAAAACUUGGAACAUCAAGUGUUGCAUUACCACCCAUGCCGCAUCCCCAUGGCCGCUGUCCUACGAAGACCUGAGCAAGAGCUACAGCAAGGCGGCUGUGCAACUCGGUCUUGAUCCGUCAACUUUGGUGAGCAAUGACCCGAUCAGGAUAGCUCCUGUGACGUCGAUUCUUCCGUCUUCCUCUUCAGCCAAGACUGGUUCUUUUGAAGUCCCACAGUCUUUACUCUGCACGCCGAUACACUUUGCAAUCGAAACACCGCAUCGACUGCCGCCGAUGAACAAGCUCCCCAUUCCUACGGUCGCGACGCGUACUGACAGUGGCGGCUUUGCUACCCCCGAAGGGACAAUAUACGUGUCCAAACCAUUCCGAACGAAGUCGUCCAAGAAGUUGCGAGCUCUCAUCACUUUUUCCCCACGAGAGUCCGCCUUUGACAUCAACAACAAAGCAUCCGGGACAAAUGAAUUCCGGGGGUUCUUCACGCUCUUCUGGAUAUCGAUGUUUCUGUUCACCGUCAGCACAUACAUUCGGAGUAUAGAAACGAAUGGGCAUGCGCUGAACAUGCAAUUUGCAACUAUGUUCUCUCGAGAUGCCAUUACUCUCGCGUUGAGUGACGCCGUCCUUGUCUUGUCGACGGGACUAUCCGUUCCCUUCGCCUACGCCAUCAGCAGAGGCUGGGUGCGCUACUACUGGACAGGUCUCAUCAUCCAACAUGUUCUGCAAACGGCAGCACUCUUUGGUGCGAUCAGCUGGACGCUAGAUCGGGGUUGGCCAUGGGUCCAAUCGGGAUUCUUCACCCUACAUACAUUGGUGAUGAUCAUGAAGGUGCACUCCUAUCUGACCGUCAAUGGACACCUGCAGUGGGCGUCAGAGGUAGCUGAGCGUUUGCUGAAGGAUAUGCGGAAAGCCACGGGAGAAGCUGGGGGCUGGGACCAGGCUAUCCACGAUGCACUGCGCAAUCGCGCUGAAAUUGAUGCUAUUACUGCCCGAGGUAUAUCCGAAUCGAGUUCGCCGCUCGCUACGCCGGAGAUCCCAGUCGACGGCACUUCAACCUACGUCGACGCCCCUACUGCGGCAGCCAUCCGCCAACGUCUGGUGGCUGUUUCUGAACCUAGUAGAGACGACAAGACCAAGGAUGCAGCUGUAUCCGAACCACCCAGUCCCUCUGUUCUUGUCGAUCAUCCAAAUCCGGGAAUCUCAGCUAUGGCUCAGGACUACGCCGAAUUGGAAGCGGAGAUUUCGAGCUCAGGACCGUUCAAAGUGACCUAUCCUGCCAAUAUCACCCUGAAGAACUUUGCUGUCUAUCAGCUGAUACCUACACUUGUGUACGAGCUGGAGUACCCGCGGACAGAUCGGAUCCGGCCGCUGUAUGUCUUUGAGAAGACAGUCGCUACGUUCGGCACCUUCGCAUUGCUGUACACUGUGACGGAGAGCUUCAUCUUACCCCGCACUGCUGCCGCUCAGGCUGCGGGGGAUUCCUUUGCACGAGCUCUCCUGGAUCUAUCGCUACCAUUCAUGAUUGCCUAUCUGUUGUUGUUUUAUAUCAUCUUCGAGUGCAUCUGCAACGGUUUUGCCGAGCUAUCCUACUUCGCGGACCGUCAAUUCUAUGAAGACUGGUGGAAUUCUACCUCUUGGGACGAAUUUUCUCGCAAGUGGAAUCGGCCUGUGCAUACAUUCCUGCUCAAUCACGUCUACGCAUCUACGAUCGAUGCCUACCGACUGUCCAGAGGUGCUGCGAUGUUUCUGACGUUCCUGCUCAGUGCAUGCGUCCAUGAGCUGGUGAUGGUGGUCGUGACGAAGAAGUUUCGAUUCUAUAUAUUCUUGUUACAGCUCAUCCAGAUUCCUUUGAUCAUGCUUUCGCGUCUGCCUAUCAUCAAACAGAACAGACUCAUGGGGAACAUCGUCUUCUGGCUCGGGCUGUUUGCUGGAUUCCCGCUGCUCUGUGUUGGCUAUGUUGCUUAUUGAAACUAGAUCUAUUAUAUUUCGAAUAAUGAAAAUACACUUCCAACUGAUCAAUACUCUUA